GUGGGAUCAGAAGCUCCUGCACAUGGUCAGGGGUCAAACAUUGGCCCUGGCUUGUCCAGCAGGCCCACAAGGCAUUUGGAAGCGGGAGAGAGACAGAGGUCAAGGACUACUCUUAGGUUUUUGGUCUGAACUGGAGAAAACAGGGAGGGAGCUGGAUGGGUGUGGGGUACGUAAGAGAAGGGCGUAGAGGACACCUUUCUGGCAUUCUCUGCCCUGAGGAAGGUAGGAGACGGUCUUGGAGGGUCCAUCGGGUUUGGCUUCCACUGACAAUGGGGGCCAUUGAGAAGAGGCUGAUGGCCCUGGGAGCUGAAGUCUGUGGCAGGAAGCAGGGGCAGAGCUGGUGCGUUGAGCAGGUGGGGAGAAUCAGCAGUACCAGGAGGGCUGGAGCCCAAGUGCCGGAGGCAGCUGCAGCUGAAGUCAGCAAUGGGUCCCAGGUGGGGUGUGGAGAAAGCAGCAUGAAGCUGCCCCGCAGAGCCGGGAAAGGCUGGAGAUUAGGAGUCCAGUCUCGGACACGACGCAGCGAGCCAGUAGUAAGGGUGGGAGGGGCACAUUUGCAAGGCACGCCUACAGGUGGUAUUUGAGGCUGGACGGGGUCACGAGGUGGCGGGGAAGGGAGGCUAGAGGACCAGGAGGCGAAGGACCCUGACACAAGGACUUCCUGGAGGACGACGAAAGAGACGGGAGGAACCAGUAGGUAGGAGCCCACCAGGCGUGUCCGGAGGCAGGGAAGAAGUCAGCCGGCCCCGCUGUCCAAUAGGACACGCGGGCUGCUAGGGACCCCGGCAGGAAGGUGUUCCUGCAACGGUGGCCGUGAAAGCCGGCGGGCUGCGCUCAAGGGUGAAGGGGGUGCCGUGGGGACAGCGGACACAGGAGCCUUCGGAGAAGCCGGAGAGGGAGGAGGUCCCGUCAAGGGCGGGCGUAGCCCUGCUAUCGCGGGGGGUCGGGGGAAGUCCCCCGAGGACUGGGGGAAAGAGAUGGGGACGGAGCCCGAACCCAGGACCCCGCCGCCGCCGCCGCCGCCUACCUGCCGGCGGCCAUACAAAGCCGAGGGAGCGGGAAGCGCCGAAUCCGAAACACAGUCCGCCCGCGGCCGAUUCAAAUACUGACGGUUGGCACGCACGGCCAAUCAGCGCGCGGCCGGGGCGGGACGCACGGGCGCCGGGGGUUCCACUUCCGGGGGCGGGGCACACUGGGCGCCGGAAGCCAUCGGGAUCGCGGCUCGCAGUGCCUGCGGAGGGGAAGGGAAGGGUUGCUGGCGGGCGGGAGGUGACUGUGGGGCUCGCCGUCGCCCGGGGAUCUCGGGUUCCGCGGCGGACGCGACUGGGUUGCGCGGCAAGGCCAGAGCCUGACGGCCAUUGGCCCAGGCCGCAGUUUCCCCAGUUGUAAAAUGGGGCCAGCUGCAACCCCACCCACAAGGUGGGUCUUGGAAUGGAGCCAAACCCUCGCGACUCACCACUUCGGGUUCUGUAGUUCGGAGCGCUGCAACUCCACUUCCCAGAGUGCCCUGCGGUAGAUCUGGUGGCGGGACUCCAUUCCCCGGGGUGCCCCGCGUCGAGAUGACGUCUCCCAGAGCGCCCCACGCCGACCUGUGGGCGGGGACCCAUGGCCCAGAAUGCCCCGCGGGCAGAGACACCGUCUCCCGUCGCGCCCGGCACCGGCCUGGUGCACACCUGCCGGCGCCCACCGGCUCCGAACUGUCGGCUCCGUUUCCCGUCGGCCGCUGCGGGCCUCUCCCUGACAGCUUCCUGGCGGUCGCGACGGCGCGAUGGACAGCCCGGAGGUCACCUUCACGCUGGCUUACCUGGUGUUCGCCGUGUGCUUCGUGUUCACACCCACCGAGUUCCACUCAGCCGGGCUCACGGUGCAGAACCUGCUGUCGGGCUGGUUGGGCAGUGAGGACGCCGCCUUUGUGCCCUACCACCUGCGCCGCACUUCCGCCACGCUGCUGUGCCACUCGCUGCUGCCGCUCGGGUACUACGUGGGUAUGUGCUUUGCAGCUUCAGAGAAGCAGCUCUACUCCCCUAGCCAGGCCCCGGAGGCCUGGCAGCUCUUCCUCCUGCUGGCGGUGACCCUGCCCACCGUCACCUGCACCCUGAUCUACUACUGGUCCUGGGAUCGGUGGGCCUGCCACCCACUGGCCCGCACCCUGGCCCUCUACGCCCUCCCACAGUCAGGGUGGUGGGCCGUUGCCUCCUCCGUCAACACGGAGUUCCGGCGGAUCGACAAGUUUGCCACGGGUGCACCAGGUGCUCGUGUGAUUGUGACGGACACGUGGGUGAUGAAGGUGACCACAUACCGUGUGCAUGUGGCUCAGCAGCAGGAUGUGCACCUGACUGUGACAGAAUCGCAGCAGCACGAGCUCUCACCAGACUCCAACCUGCCUGUGCAGCUCCUUACCAUCCACGUGGCCAGCACCAGCCCUGGCGUGCAGGCCUUCGACAUCCGGAAUGGAGCCCUGCCCAGCAGAAGGGCAUUGGUUCGGUGGCCCAGCCCAGCAGCCCCCACCUCGUGCAGGCUGAACUCCACGGAGUACGGCGAGCUGUGUGAGAAGCUCCGGGCACCCAUCCGCAGUGCGGCCAACGUGGUCAUUCGUCAGAGCCUGGGUGACCUGUUCCUGGAGACGUUCGCUUCUCUGGUGGAAGUCAAUCCAGUCUACUCGGUCCCCAGCAGCCAGGUGAGUGCCGGGCGUGGGCAGGGGAAUCCCAGGGGCCAGUCUCCCCGGGUGUGGGGCGGCCACACUCCCUGUGACCCCCUGGGCCCGCCCACAGGAGCUGGAGGCCUGCAUCGGUUGCAUGCAGACGCGUGCCAGCGUGAAGCUGGUGAAGACCUGCCAGGAGGCGGACGAGGGCGAGUGCCAGCAGUGCUACUGCCGCCCCAUGUGGUGUCUCACCUGCAUGGGCAAGUGGUUCGCCAGCCGCCAGGACCCGCAGCGCCCUGACACCUGGCUCGCCAGCCGCGUGCCCUGCCCCACCUGCCGUGCUCGCUUCUGCAUCCUGGAUGUGUGUCCUGUGCGCUGAGCCGGCUGGGCGUCAGAGUGGCCUUGGGGACCCCACGGCCACCGUGAGGAGCAGCCAGGCCUCCAGGCCCCUGUUGGUGUUGUCAGCCAGCGGUUUUUUUCCUUGUGUGACGGAGGAGGAGGCUUUGUGUCUGAAAAGGAGGUUUUCUGCUGCUGGCAGUGCUGGGCUGGGGCUUCGGUGCCUCUGCUUCCUUUGCUUUCUGUUUCACCAGGUAGGACAGGUGCUGAACACAGAACUCGGUGUGGCGUGGGGCCUGUUUCCAGAGCAUUCUGAGGCCACCUGAGCUAUCUUCUGCGGACCGGGGAUCUGCCUCUGUGGCGCUCCCCUGAACCACUUGCCUUAAUUUUAUGCCGCACACUUGCCUCUUAGUUACAUACCAGACCCAGGCUUAUCCGAACUGGUUGUGGUGCGUCCUCCAGGCUCCCAUCUCCAAGCUAGCUGCUGGCCCUGUGGUGGUGUGUCCCCUCCAACCCCGCCAGGCUGCUCUGAUGAUCUGGGGGAGCGUCUGACAGUGCAGAAAGAGGCCUGGGGUGCAGCUCCAGGGUGAGAGCACCGCCUGAGCUUCCUGCUGGCUCUUCCUGGAGGGGCGGACCCGCCCUGCUCCCUGCCCGGGAGCUCCUGGGCUUCCUGUUAGAGGCUGGGUGAGGGGCUGGCUUCUCUCAAAUCCUUUUCUUUAGUUGCAUGCUUGUGGGGCUGCCUGUCUCCUGGAGGGGCACGCAUCGCCAUGCCUGCUGCUGCCCCCAGGAGUCCAAGGAAAGGCGAAGCCUCAGACUCCUGGUCAGAGAUGGCACUGAGCUGAAGACACACACAGUGACUUCCUACAUCCAGGCAACAAGCUCACUGGGACACAGCACAGGGUUGGCCACAGCUCUGUAGGGUCCUCUUGAGUCAGAAAGGGAUGUGCCUCUUCCCAGUUUCUGGUGGCACAAUUGAGAGGGGAGUCCCAGGCCUUAGGAUCCAGCUCUGACAGAUGUGGCUGCCAGAGGGGGGUCCUUGCUUGGAGCCCUCACAUUCGUAGUCCUAAGCCUCCUAAGCCUGGCUGUUUUAAGCAGGGGUGAUGGGCCCAGCUAGUUGGGACUUGCCCAAGGCCACACUGAAACCCAAGGGAUUUGGGAGUGGAGGUCGCUCAGUUUUGUGGACUCCCAGGGUACUCCACAAAGGAAGGCAGGCCAUCAGAGGGGAGGGCAAGCCCAGCCUCAGCCCAGUUUCAGGUGCUGCCAAGGGAGGGCUGGGUCAGUUAUUUUUACUACAAAAGAACGUUACUUAGUUUUAUAAAGAAAACUUAUUGUAGCUAAGCGAUACAGUAUUUAAUAAAACGAUAGUCUGAAAACAGA